UUUGAAUUUUUCCUCUCAAAUAGGACUCAGAACUACCUUUGUUAAUGCCGUUCUAAUAAUUUCGCUUUAUUUUCUGAAUUUAUUUUUCGUAAAAGAAACGCUACUGAUGGUGACAUAAGGUAUUCAAAGGCGCUGUGGACGGGAGUGAACUUUUAGGAACGCCACGUCAUGAAUCCGUGAAGGGUCCUGUGCCCGAAAUUCACCCUACACUGGAAAAUUGUUGUGGUUAAAUAGGCGUAUCUCAAUAGGAGGCUCAAAACGCAGUUGUUCUCCUUUUCUUUUCCUUUUUACUUUUAAAAUAUCAAACAUCUCUGAUUAAAUAAACCUGCUAAGGUGCCAACAUGACUGCGUCUAAUUGGGGUUUGAUCAUGAACGUCGUGAACAGCAUCGUUGGAGUGAGUGUACUGACAAUGCCUUUCUGCUUUAAACAGUGUGGCAUUGUGCUGGGGACAUUGUUGCUUUUUUUCUGUUCGUGGAUGACCCAUCAGUCCUGUAUGUUUCUGGUCCACACGGCCAGCAGUACCAAACGCAGGACUUACGCUGGCCUGGCCUUCCACGCGUAUGGAAAACCAGGCAAAGCUCUGGUAGAGCUGAGUAUGAUUGGCCUGAUGUUGGGGACAUGCAUAGCGUUUUACGUGGUCAUCGCAGACCUGGGCUCUAAUUUCUUUGCUCAGCUGUUGGGUUUGGAGGUGACGGGGAGCUUCCGUGUGCUGUUGCUGAUUGCCGUGUCUCUGUUUAUCGUGUUGCCUCUGAGCCUCCAGAGAAACAUGAUGUCAUCCAUCCAGUCCUUCUCUGCCAUGGCUCUGAUGUUUUAUACACUCUUCAUGUUCACUAUGGUGCUUUCCUCCUUCAGACAUGGCCUACUCAGGGGAAGCUGGUUGCCGAGCGUCACGUACGUGCGCUGGGACGGCGUGUUUCGCUGCAUCCCAAUCUGUGGCAUGGCGUUCGCCUGUCAGUCACAGGUUCUGCCUACAUACGACAGUCUGGAUGAGCCGUCCGUCAACAGAAUGAGCACCAUCUUCACCUCCUCUCUCAACGUGGUCACCACCUUCUACAUCACUGUGGGCUUUUUUGGCUAUGUGAGUUUCACUGAGACGAUAGCUGGGAAUGUGCUGAUGAAUUUCCCCUCUAACCUGGUGACGGAGAUGAUCCGCGUGGGUUUUAUGAUGUCUGUGGCUGUGGGUUUUCCCAUGAUGAUCCUGCCCUGCAGACAGGCCAUCAACACCAUGCUGUUCGAACAGCAGCAGAAGGACGGGACGUUUGCGGCUGGGUACAUGCCCCCUCUUCGUUUUAAAUGCAUCACUCUCUGCAUUGUCUUUGGCACCAUGCUGGGAGGAAUCCUCAUCCCAAACGUGGAGACCAUCCUGGGACUGACUGGAGCCACCAUGGGCAGCCUGAUCUGCUUUAUCUGUCCUGCUCUCAUCUACAAAAAGAUCCAGAAAAACAGCAUUGCUGCUCAGUUGGUGCUGUGGGUUGGUUUGGGUAUUCUCCUUAUCAGCACUGUCACCACUCUGUCGAUCUCCUCCAAUCAGCCGCCAGGUAAAGUUCCUUUGCCUGGCCCCGCCCUCUCCCACAAGGCUGACGACAAACCGCCCGUGGAACUGCCCAAAAUACCUGGUAACUUUCACACCGUUCACGCUGAGAGAGAACGAGUGAGAGAUGGAGAGAAAGAGGUGGUGGAGAAGGCCGUGGAGGUCGGUUUGGAGGAGAGAGGAGACAAAGGCAAGCCCGUCCCUGAGCAGCCCAAACACGCGGCGGAGGAGCGACGGCUGGAGGACAAGGAGCCUGCCGAGCCUCCUCAGAUUAAAGUUCCCCUGGAGGUGCCUGACACGCAGAAAAAACAGGAGGAGGUGCAGCUAGACAGACCUGACGGAGGUGUGGCAGUACCGGACGGAGAGGCCCAUCGUCAUGAACCUCCCAUUCCACACGACGAGGUCAAAGUCGACGAGAAGAAAAACCUGGAGGAGCUGGAGGAGGACGUAAAGAAACCCAAUAAGGAGGUGGAGGAGGAGCUGGAGGAGCAGGGGGCGGGGCAAGCGCAGGACGUGGUCUUGGAGCCUGCGCAGGAGAAGGUGGAGCCUGUGAAGGAGCCGCAGAAGCCAGUGGCACAGGAGGCGGUGGAGGAGAAGAAAAUGGCCAACGAGGUUUUGGACAAACCCGACCCAAAUGUACCCAAAAAUCCAGAUCCAGUGGUGGUCCACAAAGUCCCGGAGCACCAGCCUGUGGGGGAUGAGAGAGACCCAAAGGCAGAGGAGCAAAACAAAGCAGCAGGCGUCGCCGUGGGAAACCAUGAUGCAGUGGUGCCGGUUGUGGAGCAGCACGUGGAUGUUGACAGACAGGAGCGAAAGGAAGAGAAGAAUGUGGAGGUUAAAGAUACUGAGGGAGAAAAGAUGGAAGUCAUUAAAAAACUGGUCGCAGAGGGUCAGCUGGACCACGCUGUGCUCCUGCAGGUGAUUAAGGAGCAACAGGAGUACCAGAAAAGGCUGUUGGAUCAGCAGGAGAAACUCCUGGCCGUCAUACAGGAGCAACACAAAGAGAUCCACCAGAAACAGGAGGGAGAGGAGGAGGCGGCCAAACCACAGGAGGUUGCAGUAGAUGGGGACAAGGCCUUGCAGCAGCCUGAUGGAGGGAAACAUAAAGAUCAGGGAGGAUCAGACAAACUGCCGGAGCCGCGUGACCAGGCCGAAGACCUCGCCCUCCCACCCAACAACCCCAACCCCCACCACGUGCCCCAGCCCAAGCCAGACCCGGACCACGCCGGUGCCGCCAACAGGCAGGAGAACCCGCCAGCCCAGAACCAGCCCGUGGUGCCCGUGGUGCCGGCGGGCGCUGAGAAAGAGGCCCAGAGAGAGCUGGGCGCCAGAGGAGUGCCGCUCCGCCCGCGGCAGCCCCAGCCUGACCCCCCGAAAGACAACGAAAACAAACAGCCUCCACCCAAAGCGGUGGGCAAACAAGAGCAGGUACUGGACAACACAGAGACAGAGGAGAAAGUCAACAGAGACAAACAGGUCCAGCUGGACGCCGAGAGAGAGAGACUGGAGAGAGAGAGGGUGGAGAGAGAAAGGGUGGCGAAGGAGGUGCAGGCACGGGUGGAGAUAGAGAGAGAGAAGAGAGAAAGGCUGGCACAGCUGAAGGAGCAGGAGGAGGCCCGUCAGGAGAAAGAGCGGCAGGAGAAGGAGGCGAAGCUGGAAAAGAUAGAUAAAGAGCUGGCUGAGAGGGCGGAGAAAGAGCGGGAGCUGCAGGAACAGAACGAGAAACUAAAGCAGCUCCAGCAGGUGAUUGACAUGAGAGAAGCCAAUAAGCAAAAGGGGGGCGUGGCUAAGGAAAGGCCAGAGCCCCAGCCCGUGAAAAAGGGUGGGAGAGACUUGAAAGAGAACGUUGCUCCUCAGGAGGGUCAGAAAGGGGAGGGAAAGGAUAGGAGCAGAGAGGAGGCAGGGCUGGAUCUAAAGAGGAGGCGCAGGGAGGUGGGAAUAGGCCCUGGGCCUCUGGAGCCGUUGUCAGAGGUGGGAGGCUUAAACCUCCACUCUGCCUUGGAGGCACAGCUACUGGGAGGAGGACUCGUUCACACACGGCAGAUUAAAACGACGCAGGAGGAGGAGGAGUCAUAACAGUGGAAACACAGAGACACACACGGGACUUAAAAGACAAAAGUGUGGUCAUAGCUGACACUGUGUCACCAGGGUCAUGUUUAUGUUCAAAACACACACACACACAUGCAC